AUGGCUGAUACACGGCCCUCAUGCGCUUCCGGUGGUCCCAAGGAGGAUUACAACUUGCCACUGCACGUCGGAGCGCUAUUCAUCAUCUUGGGAGUAUCAGCAGGUGCUUGUGCAUUACCUAUCAUCGCUCUCCGUGUGCCUCGGUUGCGAAUUCCUGCUGGAGCGUUGUUCGUGUUUCGACACUUUGGAACUGGUGUACUCAUUGCGACGGCAUUUGUCCACUUAUUUCCCACGGCGUUCAUAUCUUUGACGAACGCUUGCCUCCCACCCUUCUUCAAUGAGCAGUACCCAGCUUUCGCGGGAGCAAUUGCUCUUGCUGCGGUCUUCAUCAUAUCCAUCGUGGAGAUGAUCUUCAGUCCAGGAAGAUCUCUCUGCUCUGGUGGUGCGGAUGCUACUGUGGAAGAAUCGCAGACACCGGCAGACCGGAACCGCCCAUCAGUCAAUGACGAGAUUGUGCCUGAAUCUGCGCAGGUCCUUACCAUUCCUCAAUUCGGCAGGACACGAUCUGGAAAGGGCGAUCGCAAUCGGAAGAGCAUGAUAGACUCUACCCGAAAUCGCUCGCACGUGGAUGGCGUGGAAAUAACUGGAUCCCGUCCACAUUGCGAAAUUGAGUCCAAAACCGCAGAUCAUCGGUGGUCACUCAGUCAGGACAGCAUCGGAGUAAAGGAGGCGGAAGCCGAGCGCAAAAAGCUGAUACUUCAGUGCAUGCUCCUGGAAUGUGGUAUUCUAUUCCACAGCGUUUUCAUUGGAAUGUCUCUCGCCGUGGCGGUCGGACACGACCAGAUUGUUCUUUUGAUUGCGAUUGCCUUUCAUCAAACAUUCGAGGGCCUGGCAUUGGGCUCCAGGAUUGCAGCAGUGGGUUGGAAGUCCAAAGCUUUGCAGCCCUGGUUCAUGGCUCUAGCCUAUGGCUGCACCACUCCCCUCGGACAAGCGAUCGGAAUCGCAACCAGAAACCUCUACGAUCCAGACUCAACAACAGGCUUGGUCGUAGUCGGCACCAUGAAUGCCAUCUCAUCUGGAUUGUUGACUUAUACCAGUCUAGUCGACCUUUUGUCGGAGGACUUCCUUAGCGAUCAUAGCUGGAAGACAUUGCGCGGCAAUCGCCGAGUCGUAGCGAUGUCCUUGGUAUUCUUUGGGGCGUUCUGCAUGAGCUUAAUCGGCGCAUGGGCCUGA